AUGCUAUCGACUAUUCGAAGCGCCUUGACUCCCAGUGCAAAUCAGGCUGAAGACAAAGAGCUUUCAGAAUUGGCUAUGGAUAUCUCACCUACCGCUCCAGAUCUUCUCGCUUACAAUUCUUCACCUCCACCUUUCUCCCCGUUCGCAGAAUCACAAGAGCAUUUUCCGACGCCGGCAGCUCAUGCAUCAAACGGCAACAGCGCUGUGAUGGCUGAACAACAUGACCCUUCCAUGGACCUCUCAUCAGAUCAGAACUCGCCAAGUCGCGAGCAGGAAGCAACGGACGACAGUCUUCUUGGCCCUGUAAAAGCCAGCGAUCCUACGUCGGAUUCUCAUCAUGGAGCUUCCUCACUAGAUGGCGCGUCUGAUGAUCAUCUACAAACUCCCAUGGAAGAUGCUUACGCCAGAGGCGCUCUCCUACCUUCUGCCGAGCCGGCGCAAUCUACAAGCAAGUCUCAGCGAACCCAGUGGACCCCUAGUCCAAGCGCCGACUACGCAGGAUUGCAACCAAGAACUAGCAGCACUCCGCAACCGACAAACAUGGUGACCGCGACAACAGGGGGAAACGCACCGCGCUCUCAGAAAGCCGAACCCUUUACAUCAACAUCGGGAACAGCCAGCGGUGAACUAGAGCAGAGUGCUCAAGCAGCAACCGAUGACGCAGAGACGUCCGCCUCCUCAAAGGCUCGACCACCCAAACGCAAGUGUGAAGAUGAUGCCUCGGAAAUGGAGACCAAGUAUGUCAAGAAGCAACGAAGCCAGUCGAAGAAAGAGGAGGGCUCUACGGGCAAUGUCAAGCAACCCGGUGCCAGCAAAGCCAAAUCGCCCAAGAAGCGAGGCAGGGCGAAGAAAGAAGACAGCUCUACGGGCAAGGUCAAGCAACAAGCUGCUGCCAAAGACGAGUUGCCUAAGAAGCGAGACCAGGCGAAGAAAGAAGAGAGCUCUACGGGCAAUGUCAAGCAACAGUAUGCUGGCCAAGACGAGACGCCUAAGAAGCGGGGCAGGCCAAAGAAGGAAGAAUUGUCUGCACAAGAGGUCAAAUCACAACUCGUCUCAAAAGAAAACGCGCCUGCAAAGCGAGGUAGACCGAAGAAAGAAGCCGUUCCUACCCAACGCCCUAAGGAAAUGCAGACGAUGAACAAGGAAAAAUCCGACGGAUUUGCAAAGGGUGCUGCGGUGCUCAAGGAUCAGGAUAGAGAAGCGAAGGAGAAGCCGAAGAAGAUAGGGAGACCGGGCAAGGGAGCAGAGCCCGCUGGGGCCGUAGAGCCAACUGGCGUGCCUGCGGCGGAUACACCAAAGAAGAGAGGCAGGCCGAAGAAGGGGGAGGAGGCUGCGCAGGGUACCGAGCCACAAGGCUCAUCUAAUGUGGAGAUAGCCAAGAAGCGAGGACGACCAAAGGCAACCGAGCAGGGCGAGACCCCAAAAACACGGACGCCAGGGAAACGUGGGAGGCCAAAGAAAGAGCAAAUCACACCCAAGGGUGCGAAGCCAGUGGGUAUCGUCAAAAAGAAGGCAGGGAGGAAAUAG